AUGACAGCCUGCCCAACACUAAUACCAGCAGACGAAGUCGACGAAGCAACAACAAAUAGAUCAACAACCCCUCUACUAUUGAAGCUGACAUCAGGAGAGCGAGCCUUCUGGACAAACACUCAAAAAUCCUUGAGCUAUGUAGAGAAGUCGACAAAUGCGACAGAAACACUGACGCAAUCAUUCAAUAGUUCCUCAAUAUAA